AUGAGGGCUGCAAUAAGUGCAGAAGAAAGACUUAUUGCAACUCUCAGAUUUCUCUCCACUGGAAGAUCUUAUGAAGACUUGAAGUUUAGUACGUGCAUAUCAGCUCCCAGCUUAUCAUUUAUUAUUCCCGAGACGUGUAAAGCGAUAUUUGAUGCCUUAAAAAUGGAUUACAUGAAGGUAAUUAUUAAUAUAUUUAUAUUCAUAACAUUAAUUAGUUUACGGUAUGUCCAACGUGAACGCGGCGAACGCGAAUUUGCGAAUGAUGCGAACGAAUUCGCGUUGGCCGCAUUCGCCGCUCGCAAUCGUGUCCUACCUAUUUGCGGCGAACGCGAAUUUGCGGCCGACAAUAUUCCGAUAUUUUUUGUUUUUUGGCGUUCAGUUGUGCAGUGUGUUUUGACGUGUAAUGUGCGGUAA